AUGCUUAGCCGCUUGGGUCCGCGAGCGCGACACUGUGUUAUCGGACCCUUGGCUCUUCCUCGAGGAACUCCGGUCUCCUUUGGUCGACUGCUGCGGCCCAAGUAUGCGUCAUCGAGAUCGGGUGGUCGUCGCAAGAAGGAGGUACUGGCGUUUGAGGACUUGCCCGUGUCUGCAACGACACUACAGGAAGACCUGACGGUCGGCCCUGUAGAGCCUUAUCUCGAAUCAUCAAAACCGAAACGCAAGCGAAAGUCCAAAUCGGGUGAGUCACCUGGCGACGAUGUUGUGCGCGCGGAGUAUGUCGACAUCUCGCCUGAAGAGCAAGCCGAGUACGAGGCCGCACUGAAAGCUGGAGAGAUUCCCGAAACGCCGCUUUCCAAGCUUGUCUGGCUGAACUGGAAACGCUUCCCGGACUGCAUUUUGCUGACGCAGGUCGGCAACUUCUAUGAGACUGGUCAGUUCCCCUUCACUGGCUUCCCCAUCCAUCAGAUCGACAAGUACUUGAAGCUCCUCGUGCAAGACCUUGGCUACACUGUCGCCCUCGUCGAGGAGGCGAAGGAUCCCCUGCAGCUCCGGGACCCGCGGGACGAGGUGAAGAGGAAGGUCACCAGAGUCGUGACUCCUGGAACUCUUGUCAGCGAGUCAUGGGUUUCGGGCCAGGAAAGCAGAUACCUGCUAGCCCUGGCAGUCGGAGCGCACGCCAAGGGUGAUGCUGGGCUGCCAGUAUACAUGGCGUACGCAGACGUGUCGACGGGUGAGUUUUUCACCAAGGACACGAAUGUAAACGACAUCGAGGACGAAUUGACCCGCAUCUCACCGAAGGAGAUAGUACUCGAUUCAACAUACCGAGACGCUUGGCUUCAGGGAACAGAGGCGGUUGAUCUCGACGCGGACGUCGGGGAGUUUCUGGGCCUUCUGCGUGUCCUGGGUGUCCAUGUGUCGUUUGCAAGUACCGGCGAGGAAGACACGACCUUACAACGGAGAACCGCACCGAAACCAUCCAGCGCCCUGACACUGGAGCGCCGAGCCAUCACCCUCCUCCGUCGUCAUCUGGAGUAUGCGCUCCGAGAUUCGAUGCCGGCGAUGCCGACACAGCCGGAAGAGUUCAACCGCGAGUCUGAACAGCAUCAAAUGCACAUCGACGCUCCGACUCUUCAAGCUCUUGAGAUCCGUCACGCCUUGCGACCCGGCGGCUUGAUGCCCAUCAGCACUAUCCCCUCGCAUCUACGAUCCCCACUCAGUGUCAAGGGCACCCUCCUAAGUGUUAUCUCGCGCACUGUGACGGACUCUGGCCAGCGCCUACUGCGGCGCACUCUGUCAGCUCCGUCCACUUCGCUGCCGCACAUCAACGCACGUCUGGCCCUCGUGGCGUCCCUCGUCGACAACGAGGAUCUCCGCCUCCGCCUGCGUGAACAGAUGAGGGAGCUGUCCGACGUAAUGCGUACGGUUCAAAAGUUCCGCUCGUACCAAGGCGACGGCAGUGACGUGUGGGACGUCGCUCGCUGGAUCCGGAUCGUGGAGCAGAUCUUGGCUCGCAUCCAGGAGACGGUGCGCGAGAAGCGGCGGAAACCGGUCCCCACUGGCGAGCAAGCGGAGGGGCGCGAGCGCCUCCGUCAGUUCGUCGAGGCUUUCAAGCCGCUUAGCGAGCUCGCGGACACGAUAGAAGGCGCGAUCGACGAGACGGCGUUGAACGUGCUGCAGAUCGCGGACGAGUCUGAUCCCGAACCUAGCCCAAGGGCAACCAAAGGCGAAGAGGAAGACCGAAAACGAGCGGAGCGCGAGCGCGCGCUAUGCUUCUCGACGGAACUGUCAGAUCUGCACAAGCAGAUCGAGCGUCUCAAGACGCAGAGAGAUAAGCUCGAGGCUCGUUUGAGGGAAGAGAUGGCGGCGCCGACACUGAGCUUGGGCCAGAAUGUGCGCGGCGCCUUCGUCGUCAACGUCAAGCGCAAGACGGAGAUUGGCAAGCUCGACCGGUCUCCCGACUUUUACGUCAUGAGCGAGACGCGAGCGUCCAAAACGUUCGCCAACAAUGAGCUCGAGGUCGCACACUCGCGCGCUCUGAACCGAUUGCGCGCGAUCGUGAUCGAGCAUUCAGGGACCGUUCAGCACAACGCAGAGCUCGUGGACGAGCUAGACGUCUCUGCCGGCUUUGCGCAGGCCGCAGUCGAGCUGAACUACCUACACGUCGAAGCAGGCCGACACCCCUCGGUCGAGUCUGGCCUUCUCGCCGCCUCGCGCGCAUUCACCCCCAACUCGACGCACAUGACGCCCUCAGCGUACCUGCACGUCGUGACCGGCCCCAACCAAGGCGGCAAGUCGACGCUGCUGCGGCAGACGGCCGUGCUGGCGAUUCUGGCGCAGAGCGGCUCCUUCGUGCCCGCCAACAGCGCGCGGAUCGGGAUAGUCGACAAGGUCUUCUCGCGCAUCGGCGCGCGCGACGAUCUCUAUAGGGACAGGAGCACGUUCAUGCUCGAGAUGGUCGAGACGGCGACUAUACUCAAGAGCGCAACACCGCGCUCCCUCGUCAUCAUGGAUGAGUCAGCUGACUCCAGAAUCGGCCGCGGGACAACCCUCAAUGCAGGCAUCAGUAUCGCAUACGCGACCCUCGACUACAUCCUGCGGCACAUCGGGUGUCGCACCCUCUUCGCGACGCAUUACCACGAGCUAGCGCACAUGCUCGGUGCGCCGCGCUCGCCUACCUCCAAGAGCGACGUGCGCCCCGGCGUCGCCUUCUUCUGCACCGACGUCGACGUCGAUGCGGCCAGUGGCGCGUUUGCGUACUCGUACGCGCUCAAGCCCGGGAUCAACUAUGACUCGCAUGCUAUUGUGAGCUUCGUCAAGGGAGGUGUAGCUGACGUGCAGAAAGCGGCGCAGCUCGCUGGCAUGCCGGCCGACUUCUUGGAGAUUGCGAGUGAGACGCUGAAGCGCCUCGACGCUACGAAGCCCGAGUCGUCUUGA